AUGGACACCAUCUUCCCUACAGUCUCAGGUGACUACAUCAUUAAGGAGAAGACGGUUUUGCUGCAGAAGAAGGACAACGAGGGGUUCGGUUUUGUCCUACGUGGAGCCAAGGCGCAGACCCCGAUCGAGGAGUUCACGCCCACCCCGGCCUUCCCCGCCCUGCAGUACCUGGAGUCCGUGGAUGAGGGGGGCGUGGCCUGGCGUGCCGGCCUCCGCAUGGGGGACUUCCUGAUCGAGGUCAACGGGCAGAACGUGGUGAAGGUCGGGCACCGGCAGGUUGUGAACAUGAUUCGCCAGGGGGGCAACAACUUGAUGGUGAAGGUCGUCAUGGUAACCAGGAACCCUGAGAUGGAAGAGGCCAUGAGAAAGAAAG